AUGUUUGCCACCUGCGCUACAGACUUUCCCACUCCACGGAGCCAGGUGUGCUUCAUGGUUAGCCUGCUUGUGGGUCCGGCACCUUCCUGGGUUACUCCAUAUCUUGAGGCCAACAACCCCCUGCUGGGGAAUCUAGACUACUUUAUCAUCACCCUGGAGGGCAUGUUUGGGGAGCUGAACCGUGCCCAGACCGCUGAGAUGGCCCUGCAGAACCUCCGGCAGGGUGCUCGCUCGGUUACUGAGUACGCCGCAGAGUUCCGUUGGUGGGCUGAGGACACCCUGUGGAAUGAAGCUGCCCGUUAG